UUCAUUUGUAGCUAUUCUUAUCCAUAACUUGAAGUAGUAGUUGAGCUGGUUGCAGUAAUGUAAAACUUGAGACAGUUUCAACUUCAGAGAACUCUUUCUAUUCAAUCUUGCUUCCCUGAAACAAACUCCACCCCAGCCUCUGGCAGUGGCGAAGAACAAGAGUUGAGCAACAAUGGCAUCACUUCUCGCCAUUUUGUUUCAGUUCAGCUCACCUACUGUUCCAGUGGUCUGAUGGCAGCUCCACCAAAAAAAAUCCGAAGUCAAACAUCCAUGCAUACCGUUCCUGGCACCACACAAGCACAUCUAUCUUCAGUUUCGGAGGGAGUCGAAGGGACUAAAUCCACUAGGAAUCUGGCAAAGUACGUGCCUCUAUACCAUGCUGCACUCAAAGGCGAUUGGCGAAAAGCAAAAGAAUUUUUCAGUCUGCAUCCUGAGGCAAUAACUGCAAAGAUCACAAAAGGAUGGGAAAGAGUUCUGCAUAUUGCAGCAGGGGCAAAACAGAUAAUAUUUGUAGAAGAAUUGGUCAAAUCGAUGGAUCCAUUGGAUUUGGCACUUAAAAAUAAGUAUGAAAAUACUGCACUUUGCUUUGCUGUUGCAUCUGGUAUUACAAAAAUUGCAGAGUUAAUGGUAGCAAAAGACCAUUAUUUGCCAAUGAUAAGAGGUAGCAAGGGAGUGACACCCCUACACAUGGCUGCCUUAUUAGGAUAUAGAGACAUGGUCUGGUAUCUUUCUUCAGUAACAGAUAGCCAAUCUCUCACCGAAGAGGACUAUGUUGGGCUACUAAUUGCAACUAUUAGCUCUGAUUUAUAUGAUGUUGCUCUGCGUAUACUUGAACACAAACCAGAACUAGCCAUUAAACGGGAUCCCAAUGGCGAGACAGCACUUCAUGUUCUAGCACGAAAGCCUUCAGCAUUUUCAGGCAAAAGUGAACUAGGAAUCUGGCAGAGAUGUGUUUACCGCUGUGUGAGUGCAAAACUGUGGAACAAAUCUGGUCGUACCAGCACCUUCAGACUUCUCAAUCGUUACAAGUCCCAUUAUAAGCAUCUUCCGUCAAUUUUAAUGAUUGAAUUUAGUUUACUUGUAACUCUAGGAAUCCAGGGAGUUAUUGAGAAAAAGAUUAUGCAAUCCCAAGCGCUGGAGUUAGUAGAAUGCUUGUGGAAACAGGUUAUCUUCUUAUUGGAUGACUCAGAAAUUGCGAAGUUACUCAGGAGCCCUUCACGACCAUUGUUCAUAGCUGCAGAAUUUGGAAACUUUCAGUUCAUCAGGGAGCUUAUUCUCUCCUAUCCUGAUCUCAUUUGGAAAGUUGAUGAGCAAAGUCGAAGCAUUUUUCACAUUGCUGUUAUUCAUCGCCAAGAAAAAAUCUUCAAACUUCUUUAUGACAUAGGAGCACACAAAGAUUUGAUCACAUCCUAUAAGAAUACUAACAAUGGUAAUAUGUUACACUUGGCUGCAAACUUGGCUCCUUCAAAUAGACUUAAAAUUGUCUCUGGUGCAGCACUUCAAAUGCAGCGGGAGUUGCUGUGGUUUAAGGAAGUUGAGAAGAAUAUGCAGCCAUUAUACAUGGAAAUGAAAGACUCAGAAGGUAGAACACCCCAAAUGCUAUUUACUCAGGAACACAAGGGAUUAGUCGAGAGUGGGGAGAAAUGGAUGAAGGAUACAGGUUCAUCCUGCAUGCUUGUUGCAACACUUAUUACUACAGUAAUGUUUGCUGCAAUUUUUACAGUUCCAGGAGGCAACAACUCUAAUACAGGAACCCCUAUGUUCCUUAAGGACAAGUCAUUUAUAAUUUUCCCCAUAUCAGAUGCACUUGCUCUGUUCUCCUCUGCGACAUCUAUAUUGAUGUUCUUAUCUAUACUCACCUCGCGUUAUGCUGAAGGAGAUUUCCUUGAGUCUUUGCCGAAGAGGCUGAUUAUUGGCCUAACAACACUUUUCUUUUCUAUAGCAUCAAUGCUACUUGCUUUUAGUGCAAGCUUUUUCAUUGUGGUUGGACAUCAACUGGCUUGGAUUAUUAUCCUGAUUGCUCUCACUGCUUGUGUUCCAGUCACGCUAUUUGCAUUCUUACAGUUUCCUUUGUUGGCUGAUGUUAUGCAUUCUACUAAUGGAUCAGGAAUAUUUUCCAUGGAAAGGAACGAAAGGCUUUAUUAGGCUAUUUAUGAGCUGAUUACUCUAUUAUGAGAUAACAGAGUAAAGCAAAGGACACUUUCUGUAAUUAUAUUUUUGACUUGUGCAAAUUAGUUUACCACUUGUGAUUAUUAUUUCAGCUUUCCGUACUUUUGAUGGAUUAUGUAA